UUAAUCAAUUCAGGAGCAGAAGGGCUUCUCAUCGACAAACAAUUUUGUUUGGACAAUAACAUACUGAUGCAGAAAAUCAACAAACCUAUCCCUGUGUUUAACGUGGACGGAACAGCCAAUGAUGGAGGAAAAAUCACUGACAAAGCCUGCCUGCUUAUGAGA